GGAGAGGCUGGCGUUUCUGGAUACUGUGUGGAACCAAGCCCGCUUGUUUGCGGGGAGAAAGACUCGUGAACUGGACCUUUGUGGUGGGUAGACGGACACUCAGGAGGGAGCUCCCUGGGAAAGCGUAAUUAAUACAUAGGUUCAGUCCUGCCUCGCCGCCGACGGGUCUUCUGUUCUCCUAGCUAUCGCUUCGUCCAGCUGCGCUGCUGUGGUCAACCCCAACAUCAGACUGACAGUUUUGGUCUCGCGCCCAACUCGAGUUCUUUUUCUAGUCCUGCCUUGCCCCGCCACUCCUCGUUGCCUCUUCCAUCACCACCUAGCUCACCACCGGACGAGAGCCCGCCGCCCACCUACCUCAUAAUAUAUCAAGUCCAUUCUGAACCAAACAGCCUGCGUCCUCCGCAGUAACGAACGACGAGAUGGCUUCCCUGAAGAACGCCGUCAGGAGCGCGGUGCCCUCCCAUCUGAAGCCCAACGAUGGACAGGAUGGCGACGCCGAGUUCACCCAACGCCACCACGGCAAGACUCGCUCCCACAUGGCGUUCGAAAACACGUCGACCAACAUUGCGGCAGCGCAGAUGCGGAACGCCCUGACCGGCCUGGGCGAGACCGUCACGGACCCCCAGCAGAAGAAGCUUUUCGAGACGGAAAUGGACAACUUCUUUGCCCUCUUCCGGCGAUACGUGAACGACAAGGCCAAGGGUACCACAGUUGACUGGGACCGUAUUGCACCGCCUGCCCAAGGCCAGGUUGUGGACUAUGACGAUCUCGCAAACUCCGAGUCCGUCGGCUUCCUGAAGAAACUCGCCGUGCUCAAGCUGAAUGGAGGUCUCGGUACCUCGAUGGGAUGUGUCGGUCCCAAGUCAGUCAUCGAGGUCCGUGACGGCAUGUCCUUCCUCGACCUAUCGGUUCGGCAAGUCGAGCAUCUGAACCGCACCUACGGCACCAACGUGCCCUUCAUCCUGAUGAACUCGUUCAACACCGACGAGGACACAGCGGCCAUCAUCAAGAAGUACGAGGGCCACAACGUCGACAUCCUGACCUUCAACCAGUCGAGGUACCCCCGUAUCUUCAAGGACUCGCUCCUGCCCGUCCCGAAGGAUUUCGACUCGUCUAUCGAUGCCUGGUACCCCCCUGGCCACGGUGACGUCUUCGAGUCGCUCUACAACUCGGGCAUCCUUGACAAGCUCAUUGAGCGCGGCAUCGAGAUCAUCUUCCUGUCCAAUGUGGACAACCUGGGUGCCGUUGUCGACCUGCGCAUCCUGCAGCACAUGGUCGAGUCGGAAGCCGAGUACGUCAUGGAGCUCACCAACAAGACCAAGGCCGAUGUCAAGGGUGGUACCAUCAUCGACUACGAGGGCUCUGUCCGACUACUCGAAAUCGCCCAGGUUCCCAAAGAGCACGUCAACGAGUUCAAGAGUAUCAAGAAGUUCCGGUACUUCAACACCAACAACAUUUGGAUGAACGUCAAUGCCAUCAAGCGUGUCGUUGAGAACGACGAGCUCGAGAUGGAGAUCAUCCCCAACGGCAAGACCAUCCCCGGCGACAAGAAGGGCGAGUCGGACAUUUCCAUCAUCCAGCUGGAGACGGCCGUGGGCGCGGCCAUCCGCCACUUCAAGAACGCCCACGGUGUUAACGUCCCCCGCAGGCGCUUCCUGCCAGUCAAGACGUGCUCUGACCUCAUGCUGGUCAAGUCGGACCUGUACACGGUCAAGCAUGGCCAACUGCAGAUGAGCUCGAGCCGCUUUGGCGACGCCCCGCUCAUUAAGCUUGGAAGCGACUUUAAGAAGGUCUCCGACUUCCAGAAGCGCAUCGCCUCGAUCCCCAAGAUCAUCGAGCUGGACCACCUGACCAUCACAGGCGGUGUCACGCUGGGCCGCGGCGUCACCCUCAAGGGCACCGUCAUCAUCGUAGCCACCGAGGGUCAGACGAUAGACAUUCCGCCUGGAUCCAUACUGGAGAACGUCGUGGUGCAGGGGAGUCUGAGGCUCCUGGAGCACUAAGCAGGUCGACCCAGCCAGGGUCCCUGGUGUGCGGGUACAUAUUUGUUUUUUUUUUUAUCUUCACGGGCGGGCUUGGCCGGUUCUAGAAAAGACCAGGCGUCGCCGCUACGGUAAUCGCUCGGCAGUACCCCCGGAUUAGUACAGCUAUGUCGUAUAAUAAAAGGAGGCCUCUUUGAAGAAGGUAUGUGAGAAGGCGUAAACUUUGGUUCUUG